CAAUAAUGGAUGAUUUCUUCAUAAAAUUUAAAGAUUUUUUCGAUAAAGUAAAAGACAUUACAAAUGUGAGAUUCACUUAUAUGAAAGAGCUAUAUAAUCUUGGAUUAGAAUAAUUUCCAGAUAAUUAUGAAAUUCUGAACAUUUAAAAGAAUAACUAGGCAAGUACCCAGUAAACUGCAAAUAAACUGAAGAAGAACUGGACUGAUGAGGAUAAAAAAGUGUUAAUAUGGUUGGUUGGAAAAUACUUAGCCUUUAAUAAACGAGAUUUUAAGCAGAUUGUAUUGAAUAAUUGAUAUCAAUAAUAUAGAGUGAAUCAGAUUGGAUCAACAUAUCUUCAAUGAUGUAAAGAAGAGAUGCCUUUCAUUGCAAAUAAAAGUGGCUUCAAAUGUUGAGAUUACCUUUACAAUAAGCUCCUUGGACUAGAUAAGAAGACGAUGAACUUCUAUUAAUUAUUCAAGAAUAUUAGAAAUUAAAUAAAGGAAACAAAUGGAGUCAGAUAGCUACAUCUCUUAACAAGCAUACUGAUUCUACUAUACAUAGAAAUGGCAAAUAGUGUAGAGAAAGAUGGAAUAAUCAUCUUAAUCCAUCUAUUAAUAGGUAAUUAUAUUAUUAAUAUUAAGAAAACCUUGGUAAUUAUCUGAAGAUUUAGAGCUUAUGAAAUUGGCCAUUUUAAAUGGAAAAAAAUGGGCUUAAAUUUCAAAAUAGUUAAAGUUACAGAGAAGUGAAAAUAAUGUAAAAAAUAGAUUUAAUUGUCUAAUCAGAAAAGAAAAAAAUAAUAAAGUUUAAACUUUGUCUAUUUAAGAAAGUGAUUGUGAAGCAUAAGAUUCUUUUUUAUCUGACCCUUCAGCUGAAGAAUUAAGUUUAGAGGAAUAAAGAAAUAUAAAUUAAAUUAUUAAAAAAAUUGAAUGGAGAAUGAAAUAAGACGGAGGUGAACCAUAUGAUAUUAAAUAAGAAGAUUUUGAUUAAAUUUCAAAGAAGAUUUCAUCUAUCCGUUAAUCAAAAAAUAACAAUAGAUUAUAAUAAUUUGAAGAAUUAAAAUUAACUAAUAACAAUAUUUCUAAUUAAAAUAUCAUUAACAAUAACUUAAACUGUGAUAAUAAUAAUAAUAAUAAUAAUAAUAAUAAUAAUGAUAAUAAUAAUGAUAAUAAUGAUGAUAAUAAUAAUAAUAAUGAUAAUAAUAAUGAUAAUGAUAAAUAACCUCUAGAAAAUACUAAUAAUAAAUAAUAAUAAUAAAAUACAUUGACAUUAUAAAUUAUGGAUUUUAACCAAAUUUCCUAAGAUGAAUCUCUACAAUUAUCAACAUGUUUAAUUAAUAAAGAGAAAAAGAGAAUCUAUUUUACUACUUAAGAAUAAAUCUCAUAAUUUUUCAAGAACAUUUAAUAAAACAAUCUUAAUAAAGAUAUUAAUUAAGGAUUGUAUGGACAUUUAAGUAAUCCUAGUCUACCUAGUUACAAUAAUCUUUUAAGUAAUAUAGUUAUGAAUUAAAAUGUUGAAGAUCCCUCACAAUAAAAUUAAUUCUCUCAACAAGACAACCAACAUAGUGUAAAUUCUUACUUUCCAAUUUAUCCUUUCAAUAAUUAUUAAUAGUAAUAUUAAGGAUGUGCUUAAAGUAUAACAUCAAGAUCUGUCAUGAAUUUUCCAUCUAAUUUAAAUACACAUAAUUUUUAAUAAGUUCCUAAUUAUCUUGCAGGAUUUAAUUAUCAUGUUGCCUGUUAUCCUUAAUCAUAGUAUAAUUAACCUUUAUAAAAUAGUGAUAAAACAUAAAAAUGA